AAGAUGGAUAGUGUUUGUUACACGAGAUGUAUGAACGCCUUCCAUCCGCGGACCGUCCGUAGUACAUACACUGGUUCCGAAAGAAUAACCAAAAAUGACGUUAUUAUUCAUCUGCUUAACAGUAACGAUUAAUAAUUGAGCAAACUGAUAGAACUUACAAAACAUUACGUGAGAAAGGUGAGGAAUAAUUAAGAUAUAAAGGACAGGACUGAUCAUUUCAAUAUGACUACUAUCACUAAAGUCGCUUUGGCAGGUGCCAAGGGAAACCUCGGAGAGGUAGUGUUAGAUCAGCUACUGAAGGCUGGCUUCCAGGUGACUGCACUUACUCGCCAGGGAAGCUCCCAAACCUUCCCGUCCAAUGUUAGCGUCAAAGCUGUCGAUUACAGCUCUCUUGAUUCCCUAGUAAAUGCUCUCAGGGGCCAGGAUGCCGUGGUUGCGACUAUUGCGUCGGCGGCGCUAGGCCAGCAACUUUUAUUGAUCGAAGCAGCAGCCAAAGCCGGAGUUAAGCAUUUCAUCCCCUCGGAGUUCGGCUGUGACACCCUCCACGAACGGACUUCGACAUUACCCGGGUAUAAGACAAAGGUCGACGUGCUCGAAUACUUGAAGAAAACUGCUGCCGAGACUGGCUUGACUUGGACCGCUGUUUUCAACGGACCGUUUUUGGACUGGGGUCUUAAGGUCGGAUUUUUGCUGAAUGUAAAGGAGCGCACUGUCGAAUAUCCCGACGGAGGUAACAACAAGUUCUCGACAACGACUCUCGAGUCCAUCGGAAAAGCUGUGGCAGGUGUGUUGAAGAAUCCCGAGCAGACCAAAAACCGUGGCGUCUACGUGCAGGACGCCGCCGUCAGCCAAAGACAGCUUGCGGAAGCAGUCAAGAAGGUUGUUGGCGCGGAUGGAUGGAAGGAGACUAUCACUUCGACCCAAGAGAUUUAUCAGCAAGGUCUAGAGGAAGCCAAGAAGGCCAAUCCAAACCCCGGUAUUGUUUUCGUCACGACUCUUAAGCCAGCGAUUUGGGGUGAAGGAUGGGGAAGUCAAUUCGAGAAGCUCGAUAAUGACCUUUUCGGAAUUAAGCAGCUUAGCGAUGAAGAGUUCCAGGCUGCUGUCGCUAGUUAUGUGCCCAAAUAGGGUUGGGAC